AGUGACAUUUCAUGAUCGCCUCUGUUGGUACCAGUAUUCCUCAGUGGGGGUUUGUGGGCGGAACGGAACGAAUGGACGGGUAGCUAAUGGAUACUUUAGAUUAUUUUGGUGUAUUUGUUUUACAAUUUGAAUUUGGGCAGUUCAGUUUCGGUGCUUGAAUUAUUCAAAUAGAGAGAUGUUAUUAAUGAACAAUUAUGUACCUUCCACCGUAACUUGGAAGAUAUGUGAUGAUGUAGUGCUUUUGUAAAGUGUAUUGAUUUCGUUAGUUAUUUUUAAAUGUAUCAAAGCUGACAGCGCACAGACACAAGACUGUUUAUGUAGUUUGAAAAGAAGGUAAUAUUAAAUCAGGAACGCUCUGUGGGGAAUGGAAUCGAUUGCAGCUAUGAGUUAAUAUCGGGCGCGCGGCCAUGGACCACAGCGUGAAAGCCAUGGGCUCGCACCGCAAGCUCGCGCUGUCGCGCCUGCUCAACUGCCACCGCUUCGAGAACGACGAGCUGGAGUCGCUGUACCAGCGCUACGUGUUCAAGCUGCAGCACUCGUCUGUGGUGAGCGCCGUGGCGCUGUUCGUCGCGCUGACGGGCGUGCUCGCCAACCUCAGCCUGGCGCACGCGCAGGCGCCCACCGCGCAGAACGUCUACCACACCUUGCACUGCCUGCUGUUCGCGCUGCUGCUCGCCUUCCUCAACACGCGCCUCAUGCACGACGCCUACCUGCUGUGGGUGUGCUACGCGGUGCUCUUCUUCUGCGCCACCUUCUGCGCGCUCGCGCUGCCCCUGGGCGCGCCGCCCUCCGAGGGCCCCGGCGGCGGCGGGCUCUACUUCGAGUCGCGGCGCGUCGCCGCCGAGGGCGUGUGGGAGGUGGCCUUCGUCGUGUUCCUCGCCUACGCGCUCAUGCCGCUCCGCACGUGGGUCGCCGUGCUGUUCGGGCUGUGCGUGCCGCUCAUGCACGUGGCCGUCGGCGUCGUCUUCGCCAGGGAGUUCCCGCACCUCGGCUGGCAGCAGCUGGCGGCCAACGUCAUAGUGUUUGUCUGCAUCAACAUGGUGGGCACUUUCAUCCACAACCUGAUGGAGCACGCUCAGAGGAAGGCGUUCCUCGACACACGCAACUGCAUCGCCGCACGUCUCGAGAUGGAGGACGAGAACGAGAAGCUGGAACGGUUGCUGCUCUCUGUGCUGCCACAGCACGUUGCAAUGGAGAUGAAAGCUGACAUAAUCUCACCGGUGGAAGGCCAGUUCCACAAGAUAUACAUUCAGAGGCACGAGAACGUCAGCAUCCUGUUCGCGGACAUUGUGGGGUUCACGGUGCUGGCCUCCCAGUGCACGGCCCAGGAGUUGGUGCGGUUGCUGAACGAGCUGUUUGGCCGCUUCGACCAGCUUGCGAGCGACAACCACUGCCUGCGCAUCAAGAUCCUGGGCGACUGCUACUACUGUGUGUCGGGGCUUCCCGAGCCGAGGUCGGACCACGCCCACUGCACCGUCGAGAUGGGGCUGGACAUGAUCGACGCGAUAGCGCUGGUGGUUGAGGCAACGGACGUUCAGCUCAACAUGCGGGUGGGCAUCCACUCGGGACGGGUGCUGUGCGGGGUUCUGGGACUGCGCAAGUGGCAGUACGAUGUCUGGUCCAACGACGUCACGCUCGCCAACAACAUGGAGGCCGGGGGGGAGCCGGGGCGCGUGCACAUAACGCAGGCGACCCUGGACUACCUGGGCGGGGAGUACGAGGUGGAGGCGGGUCACGGAGGCACCAGGAACCAGUACCUCCGGGACAACAGCAUCUCCACCUACUUCAUCGUGCCGCCGGCGCACAGGAGGAAGGUGCGCACGGCGCUUGGGGCCGCCCAGCGCCGGAAGCUGUCCUUCAAGAACGUGACGAGCGUCGUGGUGCAACUGCUGCACUCCAUCAAGUACUCCAUGGAGGUGCCCUUCUCGAACAUGGCGCUGCCCGCGGGGGACCCCAAGGCCCAUGCCGCCCGCAAGGUGCUAGAUCUGCAGCGGGCCCUGCAUGCGGAACCCGUCCCUGGGGCCGGGCCGCCCGUUAACCUCAGAGACUUUGCCUCCAAGAAUAAGGUGACUGAGAAGUUCAAGCGACCGUUCAAGAAGCGCCACUCGAGCGUGUACCACCAGCCGUCGAACAGAGUCAACAAGUACCUGGCCCAGGCCAUCGAUGCCCGCAGCGUGGAUCGCGAGAAGUCGACGCACGUCAAUCCUCUCACCUUGUGCUUCAAGGACCGUGCCAAGGAGAACCAGUACCACGACGACGCGGACCUGGGCUUCGGCAGCUCGCUGGCGUGCUCGCUGGCGCUGCUGGUGCUGCUGGGGGCGCUGCAAGUAGCCGUGUUGCCUCGCACGGUCAUCCUGCUGCUGCUGUUCCUCACGGCCUUCGUGUGGGUGUCGGUGGUGCUGAUGCUGCUGCUGGCCGUUCGGCUGCGCUGGAUCCUGUGGGACGUCUCGCAGAGCUUCGUGCUGCGCCUGGCCAUCACCGCCUUCACCAUCGUGCUCGUGUACGCCGUGGCCCAGGUCAACGUGUUCACCUGCCGGGCGGAGACGUGCGUGCCCCACGCCACCAGCAACGUGACCUUGGAGGGGGACCACCGGGCCUGCCCGCUGCCCCAGUACUUGGUGCUGUCCUGCUGCCUGGGGUUCCUGGCGGUGGCGGUGUAUCUGCGGCUGCCCAUCGCCAUCAAGGGCGUCCUGCUGGUCGUCAUGGCGACCAUCUACAUCCUGCUCAUCCUGCUGUCGCACGUGGGGCUGUUCCUGUGCUACGACCAGCGCGUCAGCUCUGUCGUUCCACAGCAUGCAUUGGGAGUUGUUCACAUUCUCAUGUUUUUGUUUGCAAUUGUGAUUCAUGGGAGGCAGGUGGAGUGGACAGCUCGUCUUGAUUUCUUGUGGCAGAUACAGGCUAACGAAGAAAGGAGGGAAAUGGACGCUCUCCAGACGAGCAACAAGCGUAUCUUGUUCAACCUCCUGCCAGCGCACGUGGCCACCCACUUCCUCGACAACCAGUUCCGUAGCAACAUGGACUUGUACCACCAGAGCUACUCCCGCGUGGGAGUCAUGUUUGCUUCCAUCACGAACUACCACGAGUUCUACACGGAGCUGGACGGCAACAACCAGGGCGUUGAGUGCCUGAGGCUGCUCAACGAGAUCAUCGCGGACUUCGACGAGCUGCUGGGCGAGGAGAGGUUCAAGGCCAUAGACAAGAUCAAGACGGUGGGCUCGACGUACAUGGCGGCGGUGGGUCUGAUCCCUGAGCUGCGGAUCCUGGACGAUGACGACGGCACAGCGGGACUGCACCUCAGCACGUUGGUGGAGUUCGUGUUUGCCAUGCGGGACAAGUUGCUCAACAUCAACGAGAAUUCUUACAACAACUUUAUGCUCAGAGUUGGUCUGAACAUUGGUCCGGUGGUUGCGGGGGUUAUAGGGGCGAGAAAGCCCCAGUACGACAUCUGGGGGAACACUGUCAAUGUGGCCAGUCGUAUGGACUCCACUGGGUUGCCGAACCACACCCAGGUGACGGAGGAAGUGUACCAAGUGCUGCAGCACUAUCCCUACGAGUUCCAGUGCCGCGGCAAGGUCAAGGUCAAGGGCAAGGGGGACAUGACGACUUACUUCUUGACGGACCGCAAGCAGCCAGCGACUGUGCGUGUCGACGACCUGCAGAACGCGCGCUCAUCUGCCGCAGGAUCGCAGAUCGGCAACAUGUACGGUGGGGUGGCCACUCCUCUGGCAUUCCUCCACCAGCUACAGCAGUCCGGCUCUUCGGACGCUCGCUCCAGCCGGCCGCCCCGAGACACAGGGGGUACGGGAGGAUGUCCCCGCAGCGCCCCGCGACUCCCCCCCGUCAGGGAGACGACCGGUCACGGGGAGUGUGAGCCCUUGCUGCCCGGGGGAGGCAACGUGCCCCGCCUGCUCCCCAACAGCAAGAAACUGCUGCACCGCCACAACCCCAGCGAUGCGGACAAUCUGCCCCCGCCGCCGCUGCCCCCCCACAACUACACCAGCUUCCAGCCGGUGCAUUGUCCCAAGUUGCCGGUGAUGUGCAAGUACGUCCCCCCGUGGCCCCGGCCCACCAACCACAACAACAACAGCAGUGCCCCAGCUCCGCACCGCAGCUGCAACCACGCCUUCACCGCAAACGUAGAAACCAAGCCGUACCUGAAGCCGCUGCCCAAGUUGCCUGCCAAGGAAGCUUCUGGUCACGGCAGGCACAGCAGAGCUCAGAGAAGCGCUCCCGCCCUGCCUCCGCAUCGAUCUGCUCCGUUGCAGCGACACUACUCUGACGAGAGUUUGCAAGGUGCGACAGCCCCUUACUUCCCUUGCUCCACACCUCAUCGUGUUCAUUCCUCUGCUGAUGAGAUCAGCUCUCUCAACCACUCGCCGAGUGUCAGUUCAUCCGACGAGAGCUACAGCAGGACUACUGACGCGGAUGCCUCUCCUUCCCCCUCUCCCCCACCUCGCGAACCCCCCUCCGCUCGCCAGUGGCUCUUCAAGUCCGACAUUCAGGUGAACCCCUCGUCGUCUCUGGAGAACUCGCCGUCUGCGUCUCUCGAGUGCAUGCUGACGGCGGGUGACGGGAACCACAACAACAACGUGCUGUCCGGGCAGGAACGCGAAGCACCGGCCCACCACAGCCUCUCCUCGUCGCGUUCCUUCUCCCCAUCCAGUCACCGGAACAACUCUGUGUCGAGCAAUUCUCGCCGGAGGGACUGGAGCCUCUCUCCCGCUCGUCACCGCGGAGAGAAGUCAUCUUUGAACUCUCGCAAGAGCGGGAAGUCUAGCGUGGCCACCAACACGGACAGUCUUCCUCCCGCAACUCUGCUGACGUUGGCUGCUACCGCCAACACGAUAGACUCGGUGUGCUGCAGUCCGCCGACCGCACCGGCCGACGGACAAGGUUCUUAUAAAGGAGACAGCUGCGGCAGCUUCGAGUACAUAGGCCAGCAGCGGCCUUGUGGCGGGGGCAAGCGCUCACCCGUCAGAAUUCAGAGGCAGCGCUCCGCUACUUCCAGUAGCAGUAGAACCGAUAUCGCCGUGUCGCCGGACGACAAUGCUCUUUCCAAGGUCGGGAACGGUUCGGAGAACAGACAGGAGGGCACCGGAAAAUCACACGUAAGUUCGGGAACGAGGAACAAUUCUAGUCAAACGGAGCGUAAACACCACCACAGGCAUCACAGCUCGACCGAAUCCACUUCGCCGUGCAGGGAUGCCACGGGCGUCAACUCGGCAGGACCCGUGGUGGACGCGGCGGCGAAGCACCACCACGCGUCCACGUCGUCUGCGGGCGCCUACAAGAUCCCCAACUUCGAGCGUGAGAUCCAGAAGCUGCUGGAGGACCAGAACCUGCUGAAGAACAUCCCGCCGAAGUGCGACACGAACCACCGGAAGGACAUAAUAUCACUGGAGGAGCUGCGCAACGUGAACCAGGUGAUGCUGGGCAAGUACGUGGUGUGCAGGACGAGCCACGGGCUCAACAACAACUCGGCCCCGCAGCAGGUGGGGCUGGCGGCGAUCCAGGAGCUGGCCCGCAAGCAGCACGACGAGCUCAACAACCUCCUGGUGGCCGGCGAGCCCCGGGCGGAGAAGGUGCAGAACAGGAGCUUCCCCGCCGCCGACACCGGCUCCAGAAGCCUGCCGGAGGAGAGCUCGCUGCGUGUGGUGGAGACCUGCAAGUCAGUGAAUCUGAGCGAGCCGGAGACGAGGGCGCUACCUCAGCUGGACAGGAAGGAGCCGGUAGCGAAGGCAGGCCCCCAGAACACAUGCGGGGAAACGAGCCAGUCAGAGUGGAGCGAGGAGGACGAUGAAGGAGCGGCCUCUGAGCCACUUCUGGCCGACCGAGAGUCCACUGGCUACACCACAGACGACCCGGCGCUCGAGAAUAUAUCCAUGAUCAAUGAGACGGGCCUCACCGACGCAGAAGGGGCACUGAGCGACAUCAACUCUGUGUUCAACGACGCGGGCCAUGAGGGGGACAUGGAUGACAACACGAGCGUGUCAUCGCGGGCGUCCUCCCGCAUUUUCGACUCCGACGCCGUGAUGAGCCUGGACUCGCUGAGCGCCCUGUACGACUCCGAGUACGACAACUGCUGCCGCACGGACGACGACCUCAACCUGCCGGAGGGCCCCGUGCCGGGCCUCGACCGCAUCGACUACUUCGCCGCCAUCGCUGCCGAUACGGAUGCCAACCUCGCCAACAUCCGCUCCAUGUCCGAGAGCAUCACCCGCAACUUUGGGCAGCCGCGCAGCGAGACGGACCCCGACAGCGACAUGUAGAGCGGGGUGUACAAGCAACUGAAUUACUCAACUAGGCCCAGUCUCUCUCGUCAACAACUGGGUCACUGCAGGCAGCGAGUGUUAACGAGACGCGGAUGGAUCGUCGACAAAAUGAUCCGUUCCAGAAAACCCACCUGUUCAAGGCAGCGUCCAUCGUGUUCCUCCGCUCAUGGAAAAAACUGUGGGGUUCGGCCUCGCCGAGAAUGUAAUACGGAUGGCCUUGGUGGUAGGCCCUUGUAGAGUGUGUGAGGCUGACACUAUUUUUAUUUCCCGAUGUGCCGCAGGAAAGAAGCUGCAACGUGCGGUGAAACUUAAGUACCAACACGGUCACGUUGCUUCACCUUUACAUGCUUACUUCCGAUGAGACAGCCUAAUGAACUGCAGUUUUAUUUACGUUUGCGUGAUUGUGGCACGGAAACGGUUAAUAUAAACACACUUCCAGUUCUUACUGAAUGAUCAUAAAUGACUAGGAACUAAAGCGAAGUGUAGAACUCGGUACGUUUGCACACCGCUUUUGUUAGCAGCUCUGUUAGUACGUUUGUGACUAUUGUCAGCAGUAUCAAUGGUUCAGUGUUUAAAUCAUGAGAAAUGUUAUGUAACAUUGCAGUAAAGGACUUCAGCAGAUUGGAUUUUAUUAACUGAAUAAACUAUAGAAUUAACCAUUUAUAAUUGUUUACAUUAAUUUUUCGGCAUGGUGAGAUGCAUACACGUCACACAUUUGAUUGUCGCAGAUAAUUACCUAGUAUGUAGCUCUGAAUGGUUUGACUGUAAAUUGGGCAGCUAUUGCUAGAACCACUUGUAUCUUUUGUAUGUUAACAUGACUUAGAAGUUUAGGACAUGAAUACGAGAGUGUUGUGGAAAAAUUUUAAUUUACCAACCCACAAAUAUUUUAUGGCUGUGUAGAAUGUUUUCUUAUGUCAUCAGUUGUUACAUUAUCUUAACAGAUAUUUGUGUUUUAGAAUACUUAACUACAGUUAACUGGUUCUUUAAGUAAAUGUUUCGAAAUGUGAUUAAAAAACUCACGAUGCAAUGAAAAACUUUUGGUGAAAUACAGUACAAGAGCAUUUUCUUCAAUGAAAGUAGUGAGGGCUCUUUAUCAUUUUAAUGAUGCAUUUUAAAUCAUUGUUCAAUGUAUGUCAGUUUCAUUCUGACAAUAACGAAAUUAUAAACGAAUCUACACUACUAAACAGAAGUGUACUUAAUCUUCUGGUUUGCAUUAUAAUGCUGGAUCAUAUCAUAAAUAAUUUACGCUCUAGUACCUUACAUCAAACACAUGACUUUUUUUUUACACCAGUAAUUUUUUUAUUCCCAUAUGAGCCAUGGGGGAGGUGGGUGUAUGUAAAAUUUAUAUUGUGUGUGUGUUUUUAUUGCCAAAUUCUUUUUUAUGUGGGGCUUUUUUGUAACAUGUUUUGGUUUGCUUGUCACAGUUUUCAUCAAUGGUCAUAACAUAACAUUUUUUUUUUUCAUAGCAAUUUAGUACAGUUUUGAUGGCUCUGGUCAAAUGGUUACUGUCACAGUUAAUUGUUAUCAGCUCAGAAUGUUGCAUUAGUCAUCUUUUAUGCAGUGCUUGAGCUCAGCUUGUUUAACGAAUAUCAAUUACAAAUAUGUAUACAUUUAAGAACAUAUGCCCUCAUUUCACAAAUUAAGUCAUUCUUCAUCGAACUUGAAAAAAAAAAUUUUCUGAACAGACCAUAUAAUGUGUUGCAUUAUUCCUUGAAGUUCAAAAUUAAUUUAGUUCCAUCGUUCUAUCUCUCUUUGAUGUUGAUAUGAUUCAAGUAUCUCCCAUUGCUGACUGCCAUAGUAAUGAUUAAUUUUGAAAAAUAAUCAAGUUAGAUAAGAAAGAAAGGAAAAAAAUAAGAUGUAUGACUAGUCCUGUGGAGGUAAAGUGUGAUGCGUGUCAUUCACUCGUUUUGAGCUUUACUCUUUUCACAGCUGUUAUAUAGUUUGAUAACCUCAAAUUACUCACUUACGUUAAAGAACUAAAAAAAAAUUUUAAUUUUAUUGUGCAACCUACCUCCCCUCCCCCCUUUCUCCUCCUUGAAAACCCAAGCAACGUUAUCGUGGAACUAUCGAAAAACUGUUUUCUUGCCCACAGCAGUGACGUGCAUUGCCAUGGCAAUAGAAUGAGAUUAGCAUUAGGAAGCUAAUGCAUGGUGCAGUCUAUGUUUAGUCUCUAAAGUUGUAAUGCGUCUUUUAUGUGUUGAUCCUGGAGCAAGAGAUUAACAAGAGUUUUUUAUUUAGUGUCCAUAUUUAAUGUGUGCAAGUUGUACAUUAGGGUACAUUUCAAUGUGAUUUUACAAUUUCCAUAUUGUGUUGCUGACUUAAGGUAAGGAACUUGCAUUUUUUUAAAUGUCUUCUAGUGAUAUUUUCAAAUCCAAAUCUUUAAUUUGAAUCCCAAAGAGUAUCUCAAAUAUAUCCCUUUAAUAUGAAUCUAGGUCUCAAAGGUCAAAAAUCAAAUAAUGUACAAGAAAUUAAAAAUAUUAACUGUGGUGUAAAAACAUUAAACCCUUUAAAUGUUUGUUCCACAAACUGAGUUUCCAGAAUCAAUGCAUAUUUUAAUCUUAUUUAUAUAAUUACGUGUUAAAAGUACGUACACUAUUUUGGGGAAUUUCAGAGGUUGUUAAAUGUUGAAUUUUUUGUAUUUUCUUUAUUUUCUCUUAAUAUUUUUCUUUGAAUCUCUUUUCUUGAAUAUUUAAUUUCAUUUUUAACGCUAAAAAUUUGAUUGUAUUUGAGAAUUUCAGGAUUUGAUUGGCCUCACCCUAGUCUUCUCUGAUGUUUCCAGAUGGAAUUGUUUUAUUAAAUUUACUCUUUUGAGUAUUAACAUUUUUCCAUGUCUGUUGAGGUGCCCAUUAGUUGUACAUCUUCAGGAGGGAAAUGCAAGUAGGGAACAAAAAGGAAUGGUGUUUUUUUUCUUAUAUGCUUAGUUGUUUUUUUACUGUUUUUGUGUCAUGUUGUUACGUCAAAGUCUUUCUCUGAAAUGUUUGUUACUUGUUUGCCUCAAGUGUCAUUUGUUUUUUUUUUUCCCCCUCAAUAUAUGUUGGAAUUGCCUUUCUACUCAAGUGUAUGGUUACAUGUUAUGACUCUUUUGUAUUCAACGCUGUAUGUUGUCCUUUGAAACGGAGAGUGUACAAUGCAUGUCAACAGCGGUAAUGUAAUUUGUUCACGUGCACACACAUGUCGUCGGGUUGUUGUGAAGGAUGGUUGUUGUAAACAGAACUGUGUCGUGGCGAGCUCUCUCUCGGUGAGUAGAAGCCAGUGGCUGUGUAUUCUAGUCCUCACUUUGCCACUGCGGUUUGGGGGGGCCUGCUUAUCUUGCAGCCGAGUAACUCUUGUCUUAGUACUUAAGGGAUUUUAUACCACGUUCAUCAUUUUUAAUAUGAAGUUUAUCUGUAUGUGUACGUGCAGUGGACAGCACAUGUUAGCAUUGCAAUAAUAUUUAUUGUUCUACGACGGCGGCAUGCAUCCGGAAAUUUUGCAGUUGAAUUUUGUACGGCUAUGCUGAUCUUACUUAAAUCACUUAUCCUUGUAAAUGUGUGAUUGCAAGAAGUCAGAUACAUGAAAUAUGUUUCAGCGCUAAGAAAAAAAAGUGCAUAAAAUGUGCCUUUCCUUGUUUUAAACAGAGUUAACAGUUUAUUCAAACCUCGUGUGUUUAUCUCACUUUUUUAAUCCAUAUUCGAGUUAAUAAAUGCAUGUUGCUGUACAUACUAUUUAAAGUUACAAGACAAGAGAAAGUACUAUUUCCAAAUUUAGUCAUUGAGUAAGUAUGUAAAAUAUGUUAGUGAGAAGUACUGUGAACUGUUAGAAAUGUGUGUAGUACUUACAACUCUUGUAAUAUGUUAACACCACCGGUUAAUAACCUUAAUUAUUGGGAGUUAUGUUGCACCAACUAUCCUAAUGUGUGUAGUUACUUUACAAAGAAAAUGUUUGUUGAUUGGAAAUUAUUAUUUCCAUUUUGGGUGACCUGAUGUGUGCACGGCACCACGAGUGGUGUCGUGUGCGUGUUCGUUGGACUGCCAGCGGUAGUUGUGUCUGGAGCUUGCCAGUAGCAUUGCCGCUGCAGCCAGCUGGCCAGUCGUAGUUGUGGAGCCCACUGCGAGUGUUGAACAUCACGCGAGUCUUCAGCACCGAAGACGUAACGCCCGAUCUGCCAGAACGUAACCCUACAAGACUGCUUGCCGAAGUCCUGGUGAGACCUCUUUACUUGUAUUACACUUUGUGUGGCUUCGUAAAAGCCGGUUGCUGUUUAUCUAGUACUGUUGAACUAAUAUAUUUGUAUUAGAGUCUAUUAGAAAAUAUUUGGAUGUAAAAUUUUGACUGUAAAGAGUUAUUUAUUUAUUUAUUUAUUCAUUUGUGUAUUCUAUUUGUUGUGUUUUAUUUACAAUUUACCUCAACAUGAACAAUGCAGUAACUUUUCACUCAAAAUAAGCAAUAUACACAUUUUAAUCAA